AUGGAUGCCGAGUCCAACCAGUUCCCUACUGACGGCUUGCCCGAGGAGGACCACCAGGAUGAAGACUGUCUCAACCUUACCGUCACUGUCCCGAAAGACCACCUCCAUCGGGACACCAAACUGCCCGUCCUUCUGUUUCUCCAUGGUGGGGCGUUCUUCUUGGGAGCCCAUACACGACCGUGCUACUCGCCGCUCACCUUCUGUACGCAAGCACUGGAAGCGUCCAAGCCUCUAGUAUUCGUGGCCGCCAACUACCGACUGGGUGCACUAGGUUUCUUUCACAGUUCAGAAGCUUUCAACCUCAUUCCACCCAACAACGGCUUGCACGACCAACUGCGGUGCUUCGAGUGGAUCCGUAAUAACAUUGCAGAUUUCAACGGUGAUCCGGAAAACAUUACAGCCAUAGGCCAGUCAGCCGGAGGAGAGAGUCUGAGUCUGCACAACAUCAGUGGCAAUCCAACGCCUCUGUACAAGCGCAGCAUCAUCUUUGCCGGCAGCCCGGUGACGAUGCCCUCUAAGACGCCGCAGCAGCACCAGGACAACAUCUUGGAACAGGCUCAGAAACUCGACAUCCCCACUUCAGACCGCUCCAGUGAGGACAUCGCGAAAGACAUGAUCAACAUCGAUGUGGCUAAGAUCCGAGACCUGAGCUUCGUCGGAGCUCCAUGCAGCAGCAGCGAGAUUCUUCCGUAUGAUAAACCGACCAUGCUGCUGACGCGGAAGCAACCGAAGACGCAGGUGCCGUGGCUGGAGGCUCAGAUUGUCGGCUCGGCUACUUUCGACGGAGCUAUCUCAUACAACAUGAUGUCCAAAGACCCAUCGCGCAAGGAUCACGCUACGUCUUUCAUCGGCAUAUCUAAGGAUGUUCUGAAGGAGCCUCAGGCGCUGCUGGACCUCUAUGGGAUCACGGCGGACGACGCAGACGAUGUAGCACUCAGAAAGAUCUGUCAGUUUGAGUCAGACAUAGGGUUCUUUGCUGGCGCUCUCAGCGAAGCCCUGGGCGCAGAGUCCAGCCGCACAAAUACAUACUUCAGUCUCUUCGAUCUAGGUAAUCCAUUCGAUGGACCGCUCGAGAAAGGCAAGUUCGCCACCCACACGUGGGAUAUUGUAGCCCUUCUAGGUGCAUACGAGGACCGCUUGAGCCAGGACUACAAGAUGCACAUCCGAGACUGGAGGUCUAAGAUCGUUGAUUUCGUGUACGGUCAGCAGCCCUGGGCUAAGUGGGACACCAAGGAGGGGAAGGCUUUUGUCAUCAGUAACGACGGGACGCGAAUGGAAGGAAACCGGGGCUACCUUGAAGGAAUCCGGCGUGGAAGGCUGUUGAAAAUUGCGGAGAAGGAGGUGGGAGAGGAAGGCUGGGAUCUGCUGUGGGAAGGGGUCUGUCGACGGUUCUUAAUGAGUGGGAAGUGA